AUGUCUCUACGACAAUCUUGGUCGGACACUCUAAGUAUGGACGAUGACGCUCAACCCUGGUGUAUGAUUGAUUGGCGGCGUCUCCACAGGGAAUGUCUCACAGUGUUGGACGAACCUGAAGCCCCGGUGUCGUCACGGUCAAGACUGCCUACCUCAUCGCGUGUCCCCUCCCUGGUCGACUUAUUGCUGGAUAACUGGCCUGUGCACUUUCCCCAAAGACAAAUCAACGAGAUUCCACAGCACCUACUGCAGCAAUUCCGAUAUGCUACCGCUCGCAAAUUGUUCGGUCGUGACAAGGAGCUGGAUGAAUGGUUGCAGCAACAUCAUCGUUACCUGACGACCGUCGAGGACGAUGAACUGCAAGCGAAAAUGCUUACCUUGUCAUCUAUACCGGCGAUCUUUAACUGUGUGCGUGUGCAAUCGGAAACCUCAUCAUACGCGGUAUACAGUCCCAGUGGCGAUAUACGUGUUCUCGACCAAUUCCGGCCAAACCACCGAACAAUCUUCAACAACGCAAAUGCCUUGCGAACACGCAUUGCGGAUAUAACGGAGCAUGCACUGGAGGGUCUUGAUUGGACGCACAUUGCCAUGGGCGGCUGCACUUUGCUAGCGGCGUAUUGUGACGCUGUUGGUCCUUAUUGGGUGCGCGACUGGGAUGGUGAUCGAAUUGAGCUGAUUAUCCAUGGCAUCGAAUUGGAGUCAGUUCCCGACGUAAUGCAACAUAUCUAUGACUGCUAUGUCGACAACAUUUCGGGCGUUGUACGGGCAUAUCAAGGCUUCAAAUAUAUUACGAUUAUCAGCAAUGAUGGACCGACCAUCCGCAUCGCCCAACAACUUUUUCCCUCCGCUGCCCAUUGGGCUAUAGCACAGUCGAUUGACAUAUUGGGCUUGUACUGGGACGACACUGACUUGUAUAUGACCGCCGCGCGCCGCGCGGGCGCUGGAAACAUCGUCAAAUCUAUUCUCAACGCAGCUGAUACACGAUGCGCGAGAAUCGUUUUCUCUUGA